AUGGCCGAUACCUGCACAACGCCGGCGGCUCAAGGCCCGUUUUCCUUUGGCCUGGACCCCAAGACGCUUGCAAUAGCUGUGACACUCUUGGCCUCGUCGCCAUUCCUCUUCGUCGUCUUCGCCCCCGUCGUUGCGAAUCGAGUUGGUCGGUGUCUGGGUUUCAUACUACGCAAGAGAACCGAGGGCCGGCGAACACAACUUCUCUCUGUGAUGGACGAGGAGGACGAAAAAUACUGCAAAGAGAACCCCGAACCUAAGAAGACGAGCUCUAAUGAGGAGUGGGAAGCUGUUGGCCAUAGCCAUCUGAAGACUGGGGCCAAGGACUGGAAUGGCAUCAUUGGAUUCUUCCACCCCUUUUGCAAUGCUGGCGGUGGCGGGGAGCGGGUGCUGUGGGCUGCUAUUCGCGCCACUCAGGAUCGCUGGCCGAGAGCCAAGUGCGUCGUAUACACGGGAGAUCAUGAUGUAACCAAGGACGCCAUACUGCGUCGUGUUGAGAGUCGAUUUAAUAUUCACCUUCACCCGCCAACUGUCCAAUUCCUAUACCUUUCCAAACGCCAUUGGGUUCUUGCUUCGAGUUGGCCACACUUCACCUUGCUCGGACAAUCAGUUGGCUCCAUGAUUUUAGCUUGGGAUGCCUUUUCCUUGCUUGUUCCGGAUAUUUUUAUUGACACAAUGGGAUACGCAUUUGCUCUGGGCCUAUGCAAGUUUCUCUUUCGAAACGUCCCUACCGGCGCCUAUGUCCACUACCCUACCAUUUCGACCGACAUGCUUGACUCUCUUGACCCGACUUCUGUGGUGGGAUCGCAAGGAGUAAAUGCCGGUCAGGGUCAGGGAACUCGUGGUUUUGCCAAGAAGACAUACUGGCGCUUAUUUGCCAUGAUCUAUUCGUGGGUUGGCUCCUCGAUUGACGUCGUCAUGACCAACUCUACUUGGACGCAGGGUCAUGUCAAGAGCUUAUGGGGACCGCAUAGAGUCCAAAAGGACAGAAACAAUCCUAUUGCAGUCGUAUACCCACCCGUGGCUGUUCGCGAGCUGGAACAAGAAGUGGAAGUAUCUGAGGCGAGUGAGAAGAAUCGAGAACAGGUCCUUGUGUAUAUUGCUCAAUUUCGACCCGAGAAGAACCAUCAACUCGUCUUGCAGUCCUUUGCAAAGUUCUUAAAAACAAAGACCAAGGCUGCCGAGAAGGCGCGACUUGUUCUUAUCGGCAGCGUGCGAGACGAUCAGGAUUCCAAGAAGGUGUACCAACUGAGACUCCUUGUUAACGAGCUCGGCAUCAAGGACCAGAUCGUGUUCCAUCUUGAUGCUUCAUGGCCAGAAAUUCUGGAGUGGUUGAGAAAGGCCUCUGUCGGCGUCAACGGCAUGUGGAACGAGCACUUUGGUAUAGGUGUAGUUGAGUACCAGGCGGCGGGUCUCAUUUCAGUUGUUCAUAACAGUGGGGGACCAAAGCUCGACAUAGUCAUAGAGGUGGAUGGAGAACCAACUGGCUACCACGCAACCAACGAAGAAGAGUUUGCCGAAGGCUUUGAAAAGGCUUUGUCACAGCCUAACCCUCUGGCUAUGCGCAGGCGCGCUCGCAAGUCAGCCAUUAGAUUCACCGAGGAAGAGUUCGCCAAGAAAUGGGUUGAUGAAACGAGCCGUCUGGUGGCAAUGAGAAAAUAA